AUGGCUCGAAACAUCCAGCCUGGCUCGAAAAUGAAGGCUGCUGGUGGUACAUGGAUGGCCACGUGUGAAGCCAGGAUGAUGGCUCCAAUAUCUGUUCAUAAGCAGAAACAGGAGCAGAUGAAGAUUGAGCAGACUACCCACGUCCCUCAGAAAGUUGAAAUGAAGCAAGAGGUAGCAAUUCGACAAAAGCAGAGCCAAGAAUUGGUUCAGAUCCUACUCAAUGCAUCUAUUGGGUCUCUCUUCUAUCUCAGGGGCUUCCUUCCGUUGACUUGCUUCGAUACGCGUUAUCUUGAUGCAAAGUCAGAAACAAGCAUUUCUUACGAGGAUUUUACUAGGUCGGAUUCAAAGCCUGCAGCACCUAGAAAGAGCCAGCCCUUGAGAAUCUUGUUGAGAAACCGUAAUUCUACUGCUGAUGCUAUCUUAAAUCUCCUGGAAUAUGGAGUCUUCGAUGCCCUAGGUAAACGCGUUUUAGAAGCCGUCCAGCUUACCAUAAGCCGUGACAGGAACACACCUCUGCAAGUGCUCGAAAGUUAUACGUUUACAUUUGCCUAUAAGGUCGACGGGAAACACAAGGUUGCCAACCUAGCAAGUGUGUCGCUCGACAACGGCAAAUGCACUAUGGAAGUGGGGACUCUCCGGUCUGCAAAGGUGGGACUAGAGAUGAUCAUCCGCCGUUUAAUCACGCUCAGUACCAUCCUUCCGAACCUACCUUGUACGGACUCCAAAAAAAGCGUUAUCCGCUUUUGUCUUCCGCUGACAAACGAUACAGCAAAGCGGUUUCUUCAUGUCCACCUAUUCUAUACCGAGGAUUGCCCCCUUGAAUAUGAGCCACCAGGGUUCAAGAACUCGGCACUCGAGGAUAUUCGCUUUCCGCGAAUUGAAAAUUGGACGAAGCAGACACAAUCAUGCGGAAUGAUGGAUGGCCCUUAUCACAGGGUUGGCUUAAAGGUCACCUCCCUUCGGUGGUCUGGCACUGGCGAUGACCAGAUCCCAGAAGAUCUUAAGUAUUCCGAUGAUGUCUCCCGGGAAAUCGAUGUCGGCAUUGACCAUAAGGCCAAAGGGCAUUCACGGCUGGGGGAUGAAGCUCCAUAUGAAUCAACUCAAGCCCGCGAAGAUGAGGCGGGUCGGAAGAUUCUCCAGAAAAUGCUAGAGCCAUCAAGUAUCGAUACCACCAUGGCGCCUACCCAGCAACUCAUUGACUCGACCGCGAAGAACGAUGCUACUGCAGCAAAACCGCAGCUUUCUCAGGCGAAAGUUGACGAAAUAGAGAAGAGGAGAAGCCAACCACAGCUAGCACAUCCAAUGCACGCUAGGUCAACCGGGAGUAACUCUGACGCCGGAGCAGUUUCUUGUCAAUGUGGUUGGAACCAGGAAGAAGGUGCUAUGAUAUAUUGCCGUUUCUGUGACACCAAGCAGCAUCUUUCAUGCUACGGGUUCCAUAGUAUCCAGGAUCCAAAGCUCCCCAAUACACAUGCAUGCUACAAAUGCCUGUUAGGAGACGCUGAAGGUAAAAUUCUACAGGAGAUGAAUACCUUGGUGCUCUUGCGACGAGCCUUAAACAUUAUUAUUGAAGAGGGCUAUCCAAGGGGCACCAAAGCUUUUGCGGAAAAACUACACUGCAACGGCCAGGCAAUCCUUCAAAUUACUGGAAUGCUGAAGAAGAAAGGUUUCUUAAAAGCUACACCCGGGUCUAAGUCAAAAGGAUUUUCUGAGAAAGGCUUACCCAGUUUUGUGAUCCCUGAAUCCAAAGGAAUCCGUGAAAGGAUUGACCAGGAAAUUCUCAGCCCCUUUGCGAACAUAUCUCACCAUCAGCGAGCUACAUCAGAGACUUGCCCACAUUUGGCGGAUGGCAUGGAGGAUCAUCCAGUAUUCGGAACUUACCUUGCGAGGAGCCGCCGUCGCCUCUGGCCGCUGGAUGACAAUCUCUACCGGGAAAGUCAAGGAUUAGCUUCAGCUGCAUCGUCAGCAUCACCCAUGUCACCUGAAUCGACCGCACCGACCGCAUCAUCCGACAAUCUCGAACUUCAAGAACCAGGCCCCGGGGGACGAGCGACCCGGGAACCUCAGAUCCGAGGAAGAAAACGCAAGCUCAGUAAUGCUACGCAGCCAAUUGACAUUGGGGAUCCGGAUUAUGAUGACUUUAUGGACGAGUCCAGUGGCUGA